GAGUUCUGUGGAGCUGUAUCUUAGUUCUACUGGAAGAAUUAUUAUCGAGUAUCGUACUAUACUGGUAUUUCAAUGAUAUAUUUGAUGGUAAGUCAUUGCAUCCAUUGGGCAAAAACAUUGAUGUUGCAAUAACAUUGCACAUAGUCUCUCUACAAGUUGUGGUGGCUGUUGUGUUCCUCAGCUCUGUCUGCAAGUACCCAAUACUCAUCGACGUCUUUGACACUCUAGAACGAGUUUACAAAGAUCUUCAGCAAAAGGCAACAGAGGUCACGGCUAUAGUGAAGUUUUGGGGGAUCUGCAUCUCUGCAUCAUUAGUAGCCACCAUCGUUGAGCGAAUGGUAUCUAUAACUAACGGUAGGCUAACAGUUGGCCUAGCAGUAUCCUCAGCUGUUAUUUUAACCUUGGCGGCAAUGAUGUACUGUUCCCAAGCUGCUCUCUUCGUCCAUUUCACACAUGUCGCGACAAGUAUCGCAAAGGCCUUCAGAAUGGUGACCGAUAAGAUCGAGAAGGAACUCACGAAUAACAUAAUUGAAAGGAUGGGAACAACACACAACCUGCCCAAUGUUGACUUCACUCAUACAACACGCAAUAUGCUCUUGACGAUCAAGAAACUGAAGAGUCUGAUGAACACCUACUGGAUGCUGUGUGAUGCCGUACACCAGGCUAAUGACUUCUACUGCUAUCAGCUGAUGGCCGUUGCCUUUAACUCAUUUGUUCACAUCACUAUAACGUGUUACGCCUUUUUCUUGCACGUCAGAGAUGGCAACAUGUUCGCCAUGCUUACUGAAGGAGCCUGGUUCCUUACUCAUAUUUACUACGUGGUUGUGUUGGCUGAAGAGACAAGCCAGAUGAUAUGCAAGUUGAUCAACAGUAACCUGGACCCGGUCCUAAAAAAGCAGCUGGAAGGGUUUCUCCUGCAGUUUCCUCAUCACAACGCAAGAUUCUCUGCCCUUGGAUAUUUUCCGAUCCACAACGAAACCCUCACAGCGAUGGCUGGAGCGGUGACAACGUACCUAGUGAUAAUGAUCCAAUUCCAGGACAAACCACCAUCCACCUAG